UGUAACUGAGGGUGAGCAUUGUGCGGGAGCUGUCCCCAGAGCCAGGCGUGCUGGGGAGCAGAGGGUGUGAGUGGGGCUGGUGGGUCUCUUCCUGCAGGAACAGGGCUGAGCCCACCAAAGAGACUUGCUCCUUGCUUGUCGCCUCCUGACUCCCCUCUUCUGUAAUACUCGGCAGAGAAAACAGGUUUAUAACUCUCGAACAGAUGGUCCUGCGUGGUGACUAAUGAACGGUUCGCCGCCUGUCUCGGGCCGUCUGUGACGCCUGUCUGGGCGGAAGGGGGUUCGGCUGAUCCUCGCUGACGCCAGCCCCUCGGAAGUUAAGCAGUGGCUUGGCCCCUUCCUGGGUAGCCAUGGUUUUCAGGCUGUGCCGCCACAACAUGCAUGGGUAGUUCAGGGACACUGGAGUGGGCAGAUCUUGCCAGAAGCCUUCUGGCCUUUGUACGGCGUGGUUUCUCCUGGCUGUGACCUUCCCAGCAGCUGCGCCCACAGUGGGGCUUGUGCAGGGGGGCUAAUUCGGUCCCACUGUCCUUGCAGGACAUCUGCCCACCCUCAGAAGAUGCUGUUGUCCAGGAAUAGCCCCCGAUGCGCUUGCUGCCUCCCAUGGUGCCUGGUGCAGGGGCUGGGCAGGCAGGGUUUUGCAGGCAUUGUGAGAUAGCUCUGGCAGGCCUGGCUGGAGAGGCAGCUGUUUCGCUGCCUGUCGGCUGGGAGCACCUGCGGGGGGGUGGGGGCAUACGGCCCUGGCCCCACAGGCACAACUUGCUGGGAAAGUGCUUUCCCAUGAGCGUGGCUCUCUCAGGCAUCCAAACUUCCCAACUCUCUGCUCUCCUCAAGGCUGACUCGUUUCUGCUCAUCAGCCAGCCUGGCAGAGGUAACAAAGCGUAAUUAACUGCUCCCUUUUCACAUCCGCUUGGCUCGGCAGGAGAGUUUGUUAAAGGGAUUUCUAGAGAAGCUGGUGAUCGCAGCAACUGCUCCAGUCCAGCGCAGGGAGCCGGGGCCUAGGGAAGGGAGCAUGGGCAAGACCUCGUUCAGUGCCUCUCCAGUGCUUUUAGCCCCAGAGUGCAGCUGCAGCCACUUGGGACCCCGGCUCCCAGAUGGGUGUGCUGGGCUUGGGCUCACAGCGUGAUCAUGGCAGGGAAGGGCUGGUGCAUUUGCCUCCAAGUCAAAAAGCCCUGUGCUUGUCUUCUCCAUCCAGGGGUGCCCUUGCCCAUGCAGGACCCUGGAGGGUGGCUGGUGCAGACACAGCCUUGGCCAGUUAGUCUUGCAGUGAGCCCAGCAGCAGAGAGCAAGACCCUCUUUGUGUGUCUGGGGUGCUGUGUUGAUGGGGUCUGCAAAUUGGGGUCUCCCUUGCUGGCAUAUAGGUGCCUGUCCUCAUGAGGGGGGCAGAGGACCAUGCAGGGAGGUGCAUUGGGGUCUUCAGUGGCAGAGGGACGAUGUCAUGUCAUUUGCCGUACAGCGGCUACUCCUGGAGUGCCUGCCAUUUUGUAGCACUGAGCAACAUGGGGACUGGGAGCGUUGAGCUCUGGGAACAAGGAUGCUCUGGGGAGCAUGUUGGCAGAGCCAGGGAAAAGCAGACCCAAGUUAAUGCUGUCUGUCCUCUCUUCUGCAUCCACGUGGAACUGGUACAGGAGCGGCAGAAAAAAGCCAGGUUGCCUGAGAGCAGUGACGGCUCCAAGGACUCAGACAGCUCUGCUGGGCGCCGGGGCAGCGCCAGCCGGAAGCAUGGGCGAUGGCGGGGACGGCCGGACAGCCCUGGGGCACUGGUGUCCAAGGUGGUGAGAGCUGUCACAGGAAGACACAAACCAGGACGGAGGCUGCCGUCUGCACCGGACUCCUCCAGCCGUAGGAACCUGACGGAGCUGCGUGGGGAGGCCCAUCUGGCUGUCUUCCAGCAGGGCGACACAGGCAGUGUGGAGGGGGCACCCCAGCCCACAGAGAACAGCUUCACCCCCAAGUGCGAAAUCACGGGCAAAGACGCCCUCUCGGCGCUGGCCCGGGCCAGCAGCAAGCAGUGCCAACAGGAGAUUGCCAACGUGGUGUGUCUGCACCGGGCUGGCAGCCUCAUGCCCCAGUCUGUGCCUCGCCACUGCCAGCUCUCGGGCAAGGUCAGCCCUGUCAUCCAGUGGGACGAGAGCCGGCUGCAGCAGGUGCCCCCCAGCAAGCCCGUGCGCAUUGCCUACAUGCUGGUUGUGCACGGCAGGGCCAUUCGCCAGCUGAAGCGGCUCAUCAAGGCUGUGUACCACCAGCAGCACUUCUUCUAUAUCCAUGUCGACAAGCGCUCCAACUACCUCCAUCGUCAGGCACUGGAGCUGGCCCGGCACUACCCCAAUAUUCGCGUGACACCCUGGCGCAUGGUGACCAUCUGGGGAGGAGCCAGCCUGCUGAAGAUGUACCUGCGUAGCAUGAAGGACCUGCUGGAACUGGCUGAGUGGCCUUGGGACUUUUUCAUCAACCUGAGUGCCACCGACUACCCCACGAGGACCAAUGAGGAGCUGGUGAUGUUCCUGUCCAAAUACCGAGAUAAGAACUUCCUGAAGUCUCAUGGCCGAGACAAUGCCAGGUUUAUCAAGAAGCAGGGCCUGGACCGCCUGUUCCAUGAGUGUGACUCCCACAUGUGGCGGCUGGGCGAGCGCCACAUCCCCGAGGGCAUCGUGGUGGAUGGGGGCUCCGACUGGUUCUCGCUAACGCGCAGCUUCGUGGAAUACGUGGUCUACACGGAUGACCAGCUCGUGUCCCAGCUGCGCCAGUUCUACACCUACACGCUCCUGCCAGCUGAGUCCUUCUUCCACACGGUCCUGGAGAACAGUCAUGCCUGUGAGACACUGGUCGAUAACAACCUCCGAGUGACCAACUGGAACCGGAAGCUGGGCUGUAAGUGCCAAUAUAAACACAUAGUCGACUGGUGCGGGUGCUCCCCAAAUGACUUCAAACCCCAGGACUUCCUCCGGCUACAGCAACUCUCCAGACCCACCUUCUUUGCCCGCAAGUUUGAGUCAACGGUGAAUCAGGAGGUGCUAGAGAUCCUGGACACACACCUCUAUGGCAGCUACCCCCCCAACACGCCAGCCCUGAAGGCGUACUGGGAGAACGUCUACGACCGAGUUGACGGGCUCAGUGGCCUCAGCGAUGUCACCCUCACCUUCUACACGGCCUUCUCCAGGCUAGGGCUUCGCAAAGCAGCGGCCACGCUGGCAGCGAAGGCUGACAAGCUCUGCAGAUUUGAGCCCCAGGGCUUCCCAUCCAGUGUGCACUUAUAUUUCUAUGACGACCGUUUCCAGGGUUACCUGGUGAUGCAGGAAGUGCAGAAUUUGGCAACUGGGCAGGCAGAGUCCCUGGAGGUGUGGAUGAUGCCCCAAGGAGCUCUGAAGCUGGCGGGUCAUGGAGGGCAGGCAAACCGCUUACAAAACCUUGAGGUGGGCACAGAGUGGGACCCCAAGGAAAGGCUGUUCCGCAAUUUUGGAGGUUUGAUGGGGCCUUUCGACGAGCCGGUGGCCAUGCAGAAGUGGUCGCGGGGCCCCAACCUGACGGCCACGGUGGUGUGGAUCGACCCCACCUACGUCAUUGCUGCCUCCUACGACAUCACGGUGGAUGCUGAGACAGAGUUCACCCAGUACAAGCCCCCCCUCAAUCGGCCCCUGCGCCCUGGCAUCUGGACCAUCCGCCUCCUCCAGUUUUGGGAGCCCCUGGGGGAGAACCAGUUCCUGGUGGUGCCCCAGACCUUCAACCGCAAGCAGCCUCUCAGGAAAGAUGACAGCAACUGGCUGCACGGCGGCCCCCCCCGCAACGAGUACACGGAGCAGAGCUUCCAGGGCCUGGGGGGGAUCCUCAACCUGCCGCGCUCCGAGGCAGCGGAGGAGGACGCAGUGCGGAAGGCGCAGCUGACGGGCAAGGCACUGGAGGACUGGGCGGACGGUGCCAUCAGCGCCUUCUGGUCUGUGGCAGAUGUCUGUGUCAGCAGCCCCUCUGCCUGCGCCUCCCUGGAGACCUGCAGCAAAACCUCCUGGAGCUCCCUCUCUCCGGACCCCAAAUCAGAACUGGGGCCCAUCAAACCCGACGGGCGGCUGAGGUAGCAGGAGCAGCCGGGGGGGUGGCCUUGGGAGUGAGGAGCACCUUCCGUCACUGGCGGGGGUCUCCGGACUAUAUCACCCCGUGCGAUUUGCACCAUUAGUCACGCCAGGAAGAGAGAACAGGAACCCCUGGGUGGGGGAAAACCUUCUCCCACGGGGUGUUUUGGGCGCAGGGGGUGUGGGGUCAGUCGUGCCCACCUCCCCUGGGAGUGGGCACUUGCUGGCCGGGCAGAGCGUGCUGGGGCGCCUGGCACCACAGGGGCAGGGAUGGUGCUGGUGGCCAGGAAGGGCUGCACGUUCGUUACUGCAGGCCUGGGAGCCUGGGGAAGGGGUGAUGGAACGGGAGGGAAGGCUCUGGCCCAGCUCAGCACCCUGCCCUGCCCUGCGCUGGAUUUCUGCAGGAUCCAGCCCUGCGCUGCUGGCUGCCCCCCUGGGAGGGCUGGUGAGGGACAGGCAGAAGCAGAAUGGGUCGGAGCCUGCCCUGUGCACAGAGCUGCUGCUCGCCCAGGGUUAGCAUCUCAUCCCCUCCACCCCAGCCCUUUAGUUUGUAUUUUUAUAAAUAUAUAUAUAUAUAAAUAUAUAUGAUGCAAAGUGCAAUAGAGACGAGACCCCGUGUUGGCCGGGAAGUCCUUGUGUCUCCAUCUCCCCUCAGACUGUAACGUACCUUGUUCUCUUGGGUGUCCUGGCGCUACAGGACAGGGUGCUGGGUCGUUUACAUAAUUUUUUUUUUAUUAUUAGUGGUAUCAUUAUUAUUGUUUUGCUGUUUCCCCAUGUCCUGCUGGGGAACCGCACCCCCUGCCCCUCGGGCAGGGUUGGUUGUGGGGUGCUGCCCGCUCUCCGAGGCCCCUGCCUGACCGUGCCAAACCUUUGGAGCUGCUGCUGUGCGUUGUGCGACGGCGGCUCGGUUUGAGUCCACCAGGCCGCUGCCAACCCUGCCGCCUCCGUCUCCGCUUCAGCAAAGGGACGUCCCGUUCCCCUGCCAAAAUGCCCUCCAUGGGGCUGGCGUCCUGCUGCGGGGGAGGCUGCAGCUGGCUCUGCCCCGGGGGCUACCCUGGCCCUCAGCCCAGCCUCUUCUCCUCUCCCGGGUUGGCAGAAGCUCUUGGGAUCUGCUGCGCUUCCCUGACCAAAAGGCAAAGAGGCGAGACGAGGUCCAGCCGGCUCCAUCCGCUCUCCGCUGUUCCUGCUUCCCCCUCCUCUGGAGGGAAGAGACAUGGAGCAUCCCCUUUCCCCGCUGUCCUCCCGGGCUUUGGGAGCUGCCUGCGACGUUCCUUUCUCAAAGACCGACGCUGCACGGAGGAGUUUGGCUUGGUUUUCACGCAGGGAAGACGCUUCACGUGUGCCGUGUGGGACUGCAGCUGGGGAAGGGGCACUGCCCCCACGCAGGAGGCAGGGGCAGCAGGAGCCGCUGGCUCAGGGCUUGGCCAGACGGGUUUGCUAUCUCCAAAGAUCCCCGCCAUCCUUCACCUUCCUCUGCCUGCCGGGGCUCCCGGCCUACACGGUUUAAGGAUGCUGGUGCUGCAAGAGGCGCAUCCCAAAACGGGCUCCUCCUUGCGCUGGAGGGAGACAGAGACCUUGGUGGGCGAGGGCACUGGGUGA